CCCUUCCCUCUGGCCCUCCCUUCAUUCCACAAGUGUCGCUUUGCUCUCUCCAGCGCACUUGGCGAGCUGGAGAGGUGAAAAGCAUCCUGCGAGCGAGCGGACGUGGGAGCCGAGUCCCAGGCGGCAGGCGGAGGGGAGUUACGGACACACCGACUCUCCCCGGCUCUCCGCCCCCGCCUCCCCCGGUGGCCUGCAGGACCUGCACCCCGCGCUGGCCUCCGCUCCUGCUUCGUCCCCGCCCGGCCCGGGCGCGCUCCUCCCCGGCCAGCCCCCUUCUCAGAGCGCGUCGCGCUGGAGGCAAACGCAGGCUGAGCCGAGCGUAGUGGCCGCCGACCACCGAGUGCCCCGCGCCGCCUCCCUGCAUGUGCGGCCAGCGGCGGCCCGCAGCCCCCGCCACCAACCUCGGCAGCUUCGGCCGCGCGUCCAGAGGCGGCGGCAGCGGCUCCAGCGGCGGGCGAGCGCUCCAGCCCGGGCUGGGAGACAUGAUGCGCCGAGUCCUCCGGCUGCUCCUCGGCUGCUUCCUCACCGAGCUGUGCGCCCGCGUGUGCCGGGCGCAGGAGAGAGCUGGGCACGGGCAGCUGGCUCAACUGGGCGGCGUGCUGCUGCUCACAGGGGGCAACCGCUCUGGGGCCGCCUCCGGAGAGGUAGGUGAGGGCGUCGGGGGAUCGGACGCACCGCCGACUCGGGCGCCCACGCCGGACUCCUGUCGGGGCUACUUCGAUGUCAUGGGCCAGUGGGACCCACCGUUCAACUGCAGCUCGGGCGACUUCAUCUUUUGCUGCGGGACUUGUGGCUUCCGGUUCUGCUGUACGUUUAAGAAGCGGCGACUGAACCAGAGCACCUGUACCAACUACGACACACCGCUCUGGCUCAACACCGGCAAGCCCCCGGCGCGGAAGGAUGACCCCCUGCACGACCCCACCAAGGACAAGACCAAUCUGAUUGUCUACAUCAUCUGCGGGGUGGUGGCUGUCAUGGUGCUGGUGGGCAUCUUCACCAAGCUGGGGCUGGAGAAAGCGCACCGGCCCCAAAGGGAACACAUGUCCAGAGCCCUUGCAGAUGUCAUGAGGCCACAGGGUCACUGCAACACUGACCACAUGGAGAGAGACCUUAACAUUGUCGUCCACGUGCAGCACUAUGAGAACAUGGACACAAGAACCCCCAUAAAUAAUCUCCAUACCACUCAGAUGAACAAUGCAGUACCCUCUUCUCCUCUGCUCCAGCAGAUGGGACACCCACAUUCUUAUCCCAACCUGGGCCAGAUUUCUAAUCCAUAUGAACAGCAGCCUCCAGGCAAAGAGCUCAACAAGUAUGCCUCCUUAAAGGCAGUAGGAAAUUCUGAUGGUGACUGGGCAGUGGCAACGCUUAAGUCACCAAAAGCUGACAAGGUCAAUGAUGACUUCUACACCAAGCGAAGGCACCUGGCAGAGCUGGCUGCCAAGGGAAAUCUCCCUUUGCACCCUGUCAGAGUGGAAGAUGAGCCCAGGGCCUUCAGCCCGGAGCAUGGGCCUGCCCAGCAGAAUGGACAGAAGUCUCGAACCAACAAGAUGCCACCUCAUCCCCUGGCCUACAACUCUACUGCCAACUUUAAGACCUGGGAUCCCAGUGACCAGUCUCUUCGGCGACAGGCUUAUGGCAACAAGGGCAAGCUUGGUAUAGCUGAGUCAGGCUCUUGCGACCCCUUGGGGACUCGCACCCAGCAUUUCCCACCCACACAGCCAUACUUCAUCACCAACAGCAAAACAGAAGUGACUGUCUGAGCUUUCACUUCAGGGAGUACCCUGGAGACCAUACUCAACUGAGAGAGGCAAAAAAUACCAUCCUACCCACACCUUCCUGGUCUUGCCCAACCCCCAAGCAGACCCACACACUCUGUUCUCCAGGAACCAACCACAGACCUACUCGUGAUACAGAAUCAUGCUUUUCCUGGGCCAUGCUUAAUAUGCUCCAGCAGGUAGCUGAGUGAGACCGAAGCAUGGACAUUCAGCAAGCAAUACAGCAGAGGGGAAACUUUCAGCUUCAGGCCCAAGUUGUGGGGGCUCAUGUUCCUUUUCCCCCAACUGGAAACUGAACUCCAUUAUAACAAAUAUAUAUAUAAGUAGCACAAUAUAGACAAACUGCCCAUGGAGUACACUCCAUCUCCCAUGUCCUUUCUUUCCUGGUAAAGGAAAAGGGUGGGCACACUGGCAGGGGUAGCUUCAGAGUACUUGGGGAGGA